UAAUAGAGGGACAAUGAUUCUGGAGGUGGCUUUGAAACAAGCUCUCCUAUCACUGAAGGCUGUGGUAACAGAGAAGAAUCAGCAGAUGCUGGAUUGCGAAGCCUGUGUAAUAUGUCUCUUCGACAACUGUGGAAAAAAGAACAAACAAUGUGUACCCAACGUUAUCCCUAAAUCAGAACCUAGCUGUGAUCUCCUGCUUCAAGCCCAAUUGAUUCCAGAUGACACAGAGAGAAAAUGGGCCCUGACUACAGCUUGCCUGUAUUACCAACAAUUUUGUCCAGAGAAGGGCUGGGUGACAGAAGGCUGCAGGAAUGCAAUGCGAGAUCAGUGCAAGCUUAAGCUAAACAAAUGCAAGUCUGAUGGCAGCAACAAUAUGAACCACCCAAACACGGCAUCUGGCACAACAAAUGCAGAUAUUUGUGGUCAAAGAUGGUCUGCAUCUAGUGAAAUGGCUUUGAGAGGGAAGAUUAUGGGAGGAAGCAGAGCUUCUCCAGGUGCCUGGCCAUGGCUUGUCUCCAUCAAACUUCACGGUGAACUAAUGUGUGGUGGGGUACUGCUGGACAAGUUGUGGGUCCUAACAGCUGCACACUGUUUUUCUGGAAACAGGAAUGAACUUUAUUGGCAAGUGGUGGCUGGAGAAUACAACCUGAGCAGAACAGAUGCUGCAGCGAAAGUAUUACAGGUCAACAGGAUCAUAACUCAUCCGAAGUUUAAUCCCCAGACAUUCAACAAUGACAUUGCUCUGCUAGAACUCACUGCACCUGUGCUGUUGUCCAGCAGUAUUCACCCCAUCUGUCUACCAGUCAACAGUAAAGAACCUCCUUAUGGAACAUCUUGUGACAUUGUUGGCUGGGGAUCGCUUUAUGAAGAUGGUCCUUUUGCUGAUGUACUGAUGGAGGCUAAAAUCCCACUCCUUAAUGUGAACAGCUGCAGUAUAUUGCUUGGGAAGGAGCUUAUCACCAACACCAUGUUCUGUGCUGGUUACAUGUCUGGUGGUAUUGAUUCAUGCCAGGGUGACUCAGGAGGCCCACUCACUUGCCAGAACCAUGAAACACAGCAGCACUUUCUGUAUGGAAUCACAUCAUGGGGAAAUGGCUGUGGGCAGCAACGAAAGCCUGGUGUUUAUACAAAAGUUACAGCAUUCACAGACUGGAUCACUCAGCAGAUGAAACAGUCUCCAAGAAGCCGUGAGCCUACAUGUUUUGAGUUGCUGAAAGCAAAUGGCCUUCGUAAAGAGAAUGAGCAAAAGAAAGAGCUCAGCCUGUUGUGCUCCUUUUAUACUAACUCAUGUUUUGAGUCAGUCUUGGGAUCCUCAGUCUGUGCUCACAUUGCAGAGAAGAAAUGCAGACUCAAGCAAAACAAGUGUGAACUCCAGACUUUUCUGCAGAACCUCCUUGAUAUUAUGCGCCAUGCUGAGGAGUUCAUUCAGAAGAAAAUUAAUCUUUAUUUCUUCACAGAAACUUUCCAGAAAUACAUGGAAGAGGUUUAUAAGAGCAUCUUUCUUUCUCCGAGUUUGCUGUUAACACACAAAGAACAGCUGCCUGCCCCUGAAAGAGAGCAAAUACAGCCUUCAAAACAAGUCACCACAGUUAGCUCAAGUACGACAGCUGCAAGCAUGGAAAAUUCCAACAUGAGCAUAAUAAAAGAUACUGGCUCAUUAUUUCAAGAAGUUGGACCACAAGUGGCAGAGUGGAUUGAAAAGCUGAAUAUGGUUCAGGACAGUUUCUCUACUGAAGAGAUGCCAUCGAUAAGAGAUAAAAACAUUUCAAAUAAAAGUCAGAUGGGCAAUGAACAACAUCUUUUCUUACAGGAUUUUUCAGAAACCACUGUUAAGCAGGUGAAUGAGCAGCUAAAUCCGCAAGUGAAGGAGCUGAGAUCAGAAGUACAUAUUAGUCAGUUAAUGAAAGCUGUCACGAGCAGUUCUGUGGAUAAAGGCAAUGCUACAGAGCCACCUUCAAGCAGCUGCCAGGAUUUGAAUAAGGUGAUAUCUAGCAAGGUGGAAUCUGUGAUGCAGUCAUGGGCUUGGAUCUUAAGAAUUCCUGGAAAUGACUUGUCUAUGAAGUUUCUAGAGGUAUUGGUUGACACAGGGUCCAAAAACAGGAAAGGUUUGUGCAAAGCAAGAAUUGAAGCAACAGUUGGAGGGAAAGCUAUUACCUUCUAUAGUUUGGUGGGCUUGGAGGAGGACUCCUUUUACCGCAGCAUGCCUAGCAUUAUUGCUCUGGCUUUGGAAACUCUAAAAUCAUAAAAUGCCAUGUUCACCUAACUUUAAUUCACUGCUGGAAUGUACAAACUGACUUUGGUAUAUAAU